AUGCCGAGCUGGAAGGACCUGUUCAGCAACACCGAUCGGCGGUUUUUCCCCGAGGUCGUUGUGCCUCUCGCCCGCGAUCCCAAUUCCGUGACCCUGGAGUCCAAUGCGAAUGCGAAUGCCGAUGCCGAGAAGAAAGACACCCCCAGCGACCACCCCCCAGCUUACCGCUCCGAAUCUAGCCCUGACCGCAGCUCGCUGCAGGAAAAGGGUGUAGCUGCUGUGCCUGCUAGUGCCUCAGGAGAACUGACCUUGGAAUCGCUCCGUGCAGAAGUCGAAGCCGGUGUCGUUGUUUCCGGCCAUGACUCCAUCUAUGACCGUAAAGCAAAGAUUAUCAACAGAGCCAUCCAGGACAUUGGAAUGGGCCGCUAUCAGUGGGGCCUGUUCGUGCUCUGUGGAUUUGGCUGGAUUGCCGACAACCUCUGGCUGCAGGGCGUUGCCCUGACUCUGACGCCUCUGGCCAACGAGUUCGGAAUCUCUGGUAACGACUCUCGUUUCGCCACCUGCGCGCUCUUCGUUGGUUUGAUUGUUGGUGCCUCGUUCUGGGGUAUUGCUUCUGAUAUCGUUGGACGCCGUCCUGCAUUUAACUGCACUCUGCUCAUCUGUGGCGCGUUCGGUCUUGCUGCUGGCGGCGGGCCCAACUGGGUUGGAACCUGUGCUCUGUACGCCUGCAUUGGACUUGGUGUUGGCGGUAAUCUGCCCGUAGAUGCAGCUGUCUUCUGCGAGUGUCUCCCUCCCGACUCUGGCAAUAUUCUCAGUGGACUGGCUACCUGGUGGUCGGUUGGAACCCUGAUUUCCAGUAUGCUUGCCUGGGCUUUCAUCCCCAACUUCUCGUGUGAUGACAGCGCCCCCGUGUGCCUCAAGGCCGACAACUGGGGCUGGCGGUACCUCGUCCUCACCCUCGGUGCCAUCACGUUCUGCAUGUUCCUGUGCCGCUUCUUCCUGUUCACUUUCUACGAGUCUCCCAAGUUCCUCGUUUCUCGCGGCCGCCAGGACGAGGCCGUUGCCGCUGUCCAGGGUAUUGCCCGCAAGAACAAGACCACCACCUGGCUCACCGUUGAGGUCCUUAACGACCUCGGUGGCAUUGCUGAAGAGCGCGACGCCGAGAAACUGCCUGUCAUGGAAAUCAUCAAGCGCUCUCUGUCCCGCUUCUCUGUCCAGCAGGUUGCUCCCCUCUUCGCCAACAAGCGUCUCGGUAUCUCCACCGUCCUGAUCUGGUUCUGCUGGACCUGCAUCGGAAUGGGCUACACCCUCUUCAACGCCUUCCUCCCCCAGUACCUCGGCGCCAACUCCACCGUCUACGAAACCUACCGCAACUACGCCAUCACCGCCGUCUGCGGUAUUCCCGGCCCCCUGCUCGCCUGGUUCAUGGUCGACCUCCCCUACAUCGGUCGCAAGGGCACAAUGGCCUUCUCGACCGUCGUCACCGGUGUGCUCCUCUUCUGCUUCACCGCGACCAAGGACGCCAACGUGCAGCUCGUCUGCUCCGCCCUGGAAUCCUUCUUCCAGAUGAUGAUGUACGGUGUCUUGUACGCCUACACGCCCGAGGUCUUCCCGGCUCCUAACCGUGGUACGGCCAGUGGUAUUGCUAGCUGCUUGAACCGUAUUGCCGGUCUCAUGGCUCCGAUUAUUGGUAUCUAUGCUAGUACUGAUCCGCUGGCGCCUAUCUAUGCCUCUGGUGCUCUGAUCCUCGCUUCGUUUGUGGCGAUGAUCUUCCUGCCGAUUGAGACUAGGGGCAAGCAGAUUGUCUAA